CAUCUUGACUACGCGAUCGCGCGAGCUCCCAUCGCCUCGUGCGGUCGUCGACGUUCGCGAUCGCUUCGUUUCGGAGAAAUCGACAAAAUAUUAAAUCACCUGCGAGACGUCGAGUCCGCCGUCAUCCGCGACGCAAGGCGUCGCGACGCGCCGGGACGAAAGUCGCGGCCGAGCAGCGCGGUGGUCGGAUACGCAGUGCACAGCUGAUCGGUGGCCCCGACGGACGGUAGCUGCUCCGCUCGUCGGCUCUUGAAAGAGAAAACGCGAAAUCAGUGUGGCUAGAAACACAGGAAGAAAGGAAAAGAUAGAAAAGAAAACGUGAGUCGGAAACAGGACGCGAGAGAGAGAGAGAAAGAGAUUAAAAGACCACUCAAUUCGCGUGUACCACGAUCGCGCACGGUGACAGGUGAAAUCUCCACGAGAGACGAAAAGCGAGUUUCCACGGGAUCUUCUUGGCGAACGAUCAUCGAUCACAGUGUCGGUCCCUUCCUUCUUCUGGUACGGACGAGGUGUAGGUGUUAGUGAAGAGGAAGAGGAGGAAGUGCACAACAACAUCGCCCGUCGGACGUCUCCGAUGAUUGUCGUCCGGUAGGCCCUGCCAGGAGGAUGGGGGCCCAUGAUGGGGGAGUGCCACUGCUCUAACAUCACUAUCAUGCAGCUGUUCCACGAGCUGAAGCAGCAGUUCCCCGCGCUCCCUGAUCACGUCGUCUCCCAGUGCAUCGCCCAGAACAGUCACGACCGGGAGACAUGCGCGAGAAGCCUGCGGGCCACCCAGGAGUCCCGUCCGUCACUGGGCGCGUUUCCACCCCCGGGCCUCAGUACCGGGAUGCAACAACCGCUACUGCUGCAGCCGCAGCAACCGCAAGCACAACAACGAGAACAACAACUCGCAUUGCAGCAGCGUUGCUGUGCGAUGAAUCAAACGGUCGCGAGCAACGUCAGCGUCGGCCGUCCCCAUCGACCGGCGUCGUUGGACAUCGGUAUGAGCCGUCGCUACCCUCUCGUAGGUUGCACCCGCACCGCUGCCACCGUCGCCGUCGCAGCUGCGUCGUCCAGCGGCGUCGUCACCCCCUCGUCCGCGCCGGCUGUCUGCACGUCGCGCGGUUUCUUCGACGAUGGUUGCACCGUCAAUAGUAACAGCAACGGCAGCAAUGCGCCAUCCGGCUUCGAGCUCAACGUCAACGUCGCCUGCAGCCCCGCAAGCAAUCGCGAUUUUCGAACGGCACCGACGAUCGGUGCCGGUAAACGAAGCGACCUUGUCGUCGUGCCACGACCUCAUUACGCCGAGCCUCUGUUAGCCAUCGGGAAGUCCGAGACGCAAAUCGAUCACGCGCGAAGUUAUACGUCAGUCAGUUUGACCCUCCGGCCGCCCUCCUCUGAGCCACAACCACCGAUCGAUAUCAGAUCGGAAGGGUCGAGUCUGACCUACUCGACCUCGUCCUUGGAUCCACGUGGCUUUCAGAGCCGUCUGCAGAUCAGCAUCGGUCCUGGGAACGUCGGUAGCGUGGCGGCGGCGAGGAUCAGACCACCUAUGACUAAGCCGUUCAUAUCGCCGCCGUGGGCUCAAAGCCCACUACGGUCGUCUGAACUUCCUCUAGAACCGCCUAGCCAGUUGCCAAGGCCCACGACGACGAUGAGCGCGCCGACUACUCCCUCCAUACCGCCGACGACGAAUAUCGUCCCGGGUUGCAGCCUUCCUACAACGCCGUCCGGACCCACGACGAGCAGCGGCGUCGGGCCUCCUAGCACCGCCUCUUUCUCCCUCGGGGACCACACGGCUUCCGAUCGGAAUCGAUCGCCGUUGUGCCAAGUGGAGGAGCACCAAAAGAAAUUAGUCGCGGAGCAACUGGCUAGGAAGGAGAGACUCGCCAAGGAGCUCAGGGCUGAGAAGGGACGACUCGAAGCGAUGAAGAAGGAAGUACAGGCAUUAGCCCGACCGGAUCCCUUGAUAUCGCCUCAAGAGCUGAAAAGAAAGCUGAAGACCGAAAUAUAUAUGCUGCAGGUCGAGUGCAACAGAUUAGCCGUAGAAGUCGAUCAAUGGUCAGACAGACGAGUGCCAUUGGGCGAGACGAAUGAGGAGUUUUAUCAGGGCAUUUAUACCGGCCAGUCGUUGCCGACGAGACCGCCGAACCCAAAACCACCGCGUUUACCGAGUCAACCACCGGCAUGGCAACCGGAGCAGCCGGCGAGUGACAACGAUCGGGAGGAACGGGAUGAGCCUUCGUGGGUCUGCACUAUGUGCACUUUCGACAAUCAUCCAUUGAUGAACAAGUGUGAGGAGUGCGACAUGCCGAGACUGUUGAACCGCAGCAGUGCAGGGGAGACGCAAGAUAUUCAUAUACGAGUAACCCAUCACCAUAACUUUUCGCCACGGCGUAAGUAUUUCAUAUUGAUACUUCCAUUCAAACGAUAUUAAUAUUUCACAAAUGUAAUAGUUAUUUACACUAUCUGCAAAAAUAAUCGCGACGUAUU